UUCAAAAGUAAAUAGUCAAUAUGUAUAGCCUAGUGGAGUUAUCACGAUGACCCGUUGUAUCCAUGUUUCCAGAUACCUAUGGUAGUGUUUGAGAUCACUGUCGUUCUCAUGGCAACCUGAACAUGUGGAAGCCAACCAAGAAUCAGAAAUUUGGCGUAGUUAUCUACAACUUUGAACAUGAAAACCUUCAGCAGGCGUUGAGACUCGAUGUGGGAGAUACUGUGCAGAUAUUAGAAGAAUGCGCUGGCUGGUACAGAGGCUUCAACUCAAGAAACAGAAAUGUCAAAGGCAUAUUUCCUGCGCAGUUUAUCCAUCUCAAGCCAUUCAAGAUUGAUAAUGAAGGUGUCUAUGAAACGGUAACACCUGUGGAAGAUCCUGUUGUGCAGGAGGCGGCAUCCGUGCUGAGAGAAUGGGGGCAAAUAUGGAAGAAACUUUAUGUGGUAAAUAAUCAAAAUUGACUCUGGGAUGCUGUCCGGAAAGCCAUGAUGGAUGUGGCUGACUGGAGGAAACAGCUCAUCACGGGAACGCUUACCUCAGACCAGAUAGCACAACUCAAAUUAAAAAUAACGCGGAAAAUAGACUGGGGAAACAGGAAGCUGGGACUUGACCUUGUGCCCCGAGUCGAUGGGGAGAUGGUGGAUCCCGAUUGUGUUAGUGUGGUAGAGCUUCAUCAGGUGCAUGUACAAAGUGCUGAAGCUUCACAAACUCACACUCAGGGCCUUGGAACACUUGGAAAGAGGAAGGAGAGGAGGAAAAUCUUGAGUCAUCACUUGUUUUUCUGUAUGAGAGAUUUCUCAUACUACUUAGGAGAAGAUGCUGAGGUUUUCUUCUCCUUGUAUGAUGCACAGAGAGGAAAGAUUAUAAGUGAAAGAUUUCUAGUCAAAUUAUCAAAAGAAGGAUUUUCAAAUUAUAUUGAAAAAAUCCAUAGUAACUGCACAAUAUUUACAGACCUUGGUAGUGGAGACCUAGCAUCAGACUUGUAUAUUGUUGCACAUGUUGUUAGAGUUGGAAGGAUGCUGUUCUCAGAGUCAGUGAAGAAGACCUCAUCCCACUGUUAUCGCAGACCUCAUGGUGUUGCUCUGUUCAGAUUAUCACAGUCUGUUCUCCAAGGCAGUGAGGGAGAGGUUGAGCUAACAGGAAAACUGUUUACUUCUGAUGAGAAGGACUUUUGGCAGCUUCACGAACUGGUUCUUAAGAAGCAGUCAAACAAAUAUUCUAUCCUGUCUAACAAUGCCAGUUAUGGUUUGGUUGUGAGUGUGAAGGUGGUGCAUGGUGAGUUAGAACAAGCCACCAAGGAAAAUCCCCUGCUGCUCAAGAAUGUGUGUGUUACUAAGAAACUUGGCUUCUCAGAUGUCAUUAUGCCUGGAGAUGUAAGAAAUGACUUAUAUGUGACCCUAAAUAAUGGAGACUUUGAGAAGGGAGGGAAGACUGUUGGUAAAAAUAUUGAAGUUACUGUACUGGCAUUAGACUCAGAUGGGAAAGCUCUGGAGUGUAUUUACAGUGGUAUGGGACAUGAUGGAAGCACCGAGUUUUCAUCCAUGAUAAUGUAUCACAACAAUUCUCCUCGUUGGAAUGAACGGCUAAAAGUUGCCAUCCCUAUUGACCAGUUUGCAGGUGCACACCUGAGACUGGAAUACAGGCAUUGCUCAACUCGUGAAAAAAAUGAAAAGAAACUCUUUGGCUUUUCAUUUGUCCGUCUUAUGGAUGAUGAAGGGGGAACAACAUUGCGAGAUGGAUCCCAUGAACUGUGUGUUUAUAAAUGCGAUGAACGCGGGCGUUUAAACAAUCCAGUGGAGUACCUUUCCAUGCCUUUCCUUGCCAAAGAAGCCGUGGAUUGUAUCUACUCUUUACCAUUCCAGCGAUCACCCAAAGAAAUAAUGGUCAUUGACACUCUGCUAUGCUCAACCAAACUCACACAAAAUGUUGAUCUCCUGUCAUUACUGAGAUGGAGAUCAGCUCCUGAGGGUAUUGGAGAAACACUUUCAAGACUUACCCGUGUGGAUGGUGCAGAGACGGUCAAGUUCCUACAGGAUGUGUUGGAUGCACUAUUUGCUAUGUUUUCCACUGAUGAUGGGAACUCAACACAACAUUCUGGCCAUGUCUUCCAGGCCCUAGUCUCUAUAAUUAGCCUUCUUGAAGACAGUAAGUUCGAGCAUUUUAAGCCAGUAAUGGAUGCUUACAUCACUGGCCACUUUGCUGCUGCACUUGUAUACAAGGGCCUUAUCAGUUGUGUGAAGCACCUGUCGGACCUCUGCCCUCAGACCGAGAAGCAGGAACCAAUUAUGAAAUGUUUUCGUUCGCUGGAAUAUAUCUUCAAAUUCAUCAUCCAGUCUCGGCUUCUGUUUGCGAGAGCCACAGGGGGACAGAAUGAAGAUUCCUUUAGAGUUGAUGUGGAUAGUUUAUUUGAAUCUUUUGCUCAUAUGCUCAAUAUGCAUCUGGACAACAUCCAAGCUUCUCAGGUUACAUUACUGGAGCAUCUACAGGGGCAUGCGAUCAGCUUCACUCGUGUGCUUAAGCCCGGGAAGUUGCAAAACCAUCUCAGUCCAAACUGCCUGGCCAUCGAAGAAUGCCGUAAAUUCUCAAAAUAUUUGAAGACGAUGCAUCUUGACGGUCGCCUGGAGUUGCGCAUGUGUGGUGACGUUCUCUCUGAUAUGAUCAUCCUUACUCACAAGUAUAGCAGGAAGUAUCCACAGAGUAUGGUACCACCAGCACUGCAACAAGAUAUAGAAACAAUGAUGCUUACAUUGUUUGAUGUGCUGGUCCAGGUGAUCUUGACUCUAGAGCGCUCAGCACCCAGCUCAGAGGCUGAAAACUCCAGGAAUAUUUUUAAUGCAUCUAAUUUGAUUACCUCAAAGGAAGAAAAGAAGAAAAGGGGUUUUCAGGGUAGCAGUACCUUAAUACCGGAUGUGAUGGGUCUGACACAGCUGCUGUCUGCUUUCAAGACCAAAUUUGUUCCUACUCACGCUUCAGUAGUCCUGGGGAGUCUGUCAGUGACUCCGUUUGUACAGGACUACACUCGGUAUACAAAGUUAACUCAGGCUUGUGCUGUGAAUGUCAUUCUACCAACCACACCAGUGCUUAGAGAGAGUAGGUUUAAGGAUAUUGCCUACCUCUGUCUAGUAGUAACUGAAUUUGAAAAGAUGACAGUCACUAAAUGGGGCCAUGGAGGUCAUUAUAUAUUGAUUGGUGGCCACAGAAUGAAAAAGGUUGGGAACCAUUGGUGUCACACAUAUGGGACACCUGGAGGAAAGAUCUCCAAAUGGACCAUUGUGGGAAUGUAUAAGGAUAUGUUACUGCAGAAUGAUGCUGUGUUCAGAAAUAAUAAUCUGACUUAUUUUGUGUCUGCAGGGAACUUAGUAGCAUGCUUAAUGGGCAUUCUGCAGCUUAUGUCCGAGAUACACUACACCAAGCUAUGGGAGGAACACUUGAUCUCCGGCACCCAUCAUCUGCGCCACCUUCUAUACUCGACCAUCGUGCUGCUGGCAGACCUUGUGAGAGCAGCGGUGUUUCCAAGUGACUGGUUUGUCAUGCGCAUGGUUACCAACCACACUAUAUUGACAGCUAUGCAGGAGAUUGCACAGCCACUGAUUUCAACAUUUUUGAAGUCGGGAAGAUUUGACAACCAGGUUUGGAGUAAUUACCUGAAUCUAGCUGUUGGAUUCUUGACGCAGCCUUGCCUCCAGUUGGAGCACUUCUCACAGCAGAAACGUCACAAGGUUUUGGAAAGAUACAAUGACAUGAGAGUCCAUGGCUUCCAGAUACUUUCCAUGUGGCAUAAUUUGGAUGAGCACCGGCUGCACUUCAUACCUGGCAUGGUGGGCCCGUUCCUGGAGGUGACACUGGUGCCGGAGCCAGAACUGCGCAAAGCAACACCCAUAUUCUUUGACAUGAUGCAGGCAGAACAACAAGCAAAAGGCAAUUUCAAACAGGUUGAGACGGAACUUAUAGAUAAGCUUGAUAUAUUGGUAAGCGAAAACAAGGGUGACGAUGAAUACCGUCAACUUUUUAAUACGAUACUUUUGGAGCGUGUACGUUCAAAUGACCCAGUAUGGAGAGAGAGUGGAACAGCUUUUAUCAACUCUGUUACAAGGCUCUUAGAAAGGCUGUUAGACUACCGCAGUGUGAUGCAGGGGGAUGAAAACUGUGACAAGCGAAUGAGUUGCACAGUUAACUUGUUGAACUUCUAUAAGAAUGAAAUUAAUCGACAAGAAAUGUACAUUCGGUACAUCUACAAGCUCCAUGAUCUCCACCUCCCAGCAGGCAAUUACACAGAAGCUGCCUUCACUCUGCAGCUGCAUGCAGAUCAGCUCUCAUGGACACAGAGGAUGCUGCAUGCAGAUCACUUAUAUCAAGCACAGACGGAAACUCAGCGAAAAGAGCUAAUUUAUAUGAAAAUUAUAGAUUACUUUGACAAGGGCAAGUGCUGGGAGCAAGGCAUUCCCCUUCUUGAAGAAUUAGCAGGACAGUACAAAACCAGAUUGUUUGAUUAUCAGAGACUAAGUGAGGUAUUAAAACGUCAAGCUUCAUUCUAUGAGAAAAUACUUAGUGGCAAGAGAUAUGAUAAUGAAUAUUUCCGUGUUGGAUUCUAUGGCCUGGGUCUUCCUCUUUUGUGCGGGUAAGUUUUCUGCAUAAAUAAAGUUUUCAUUUACCGUGGAUUAGAGUAUGAGCAGAUUGUGGCUUUCACCCAGAGGAUUCAGACGGAAUUUCCUCAGGCUAAAAUGCUGCACCACAAUACUCCUCCUGAUGAUACUAUCCGCUCAUCUGAUGGACAGUAUAUCCAGAUCUGUGCGGUGAAGGCAGUCCCAGAGCCAAAUCCCAAGUUUGAGGUUGAAGUUGAUGAAAGAAUUCUCAAAUAUUACACUGUGAACCAUGUCCGCCACUUUGUGUAUGACCGGCCUACGUACCGUGGACCGGCAGAUAAAGAAAAUGAGUUCAAGAACUUAUGGAUCGAGAGAACUACCUACACAACUGAAUGUGAGCUGCCUGGUAUCCUCAAGUGGUUUGAAGUAGUUGAACAAAGGAUAGAACAGUUGUGUCCACCUCAGUAUGCUUGUGAAACUGUGGAACGCAAUAACAAACAGAUUCGCCAAGUUAUGCAGCACUAUCGUGCCAACCCUCAGGUAUCCUUCACAAUGAGGCUUCAAGGCACCAUUGAUGCAGCUGUUAAUGGAGGGAUUGCAAAGUACCAGGAUGCCUUCUUUGGGCCUGACUACUUGGUUGUGUAUCCUGAGUACGCAGAUCACGUUAAUAGACUCAAGGUCCUCAUAUCAGAUCAGACCAUGAUCUUAGAGGGAGCGCUUGAACUCCAUGGAAAGAUUGCACCGCCUGCUAAUCAGCCUCUUCAUAGAAGAUUAGUAGAGGUUUUUGAAGGUUUACGAGCAAAAGUACGGAAGAUGUGCUCAACACCCCAGUCCAACGAUCGACCUCUUCUCUCCAGUCAACUCCCCCGCCUCCUCCAACCCACAGGAGGGCAGACUCUGACCCUGCUACAGAGUUCAGGAGAACGGGAUCAAUUAUCAAGCAACCACACCCAUAGUUCUGGCUUACUUUUAUUUUGUGGAUUGAAAUGUGAAAUAUUCAGAAUCAGUGAAAUCACCUCAAAUCACUUUAUGGGCUUUGGGAUAAGGUGUUCAUGUCAUACUGCUAUACUGAACCACAGAGAGAUAAGUCGUUGGAAUUUGUGUAAGGAUAGAAUAUUAGAGACUCAAGUCUGGAGGCACAACAUUGGAAAAUAUUGGUUCCUAGAAGUCAUCUCCCCUUUGCCACCACUGCCAUCUGAUAAGUGUGCUGUUAGUGUAAGUUCUUCCUCCACAUCCGGCCACUCCUCGCAGAGAUCAUCGCAGGCAUCUUCACUAUAUGCUCAUUUCCACUCAGCUUCUCAUGAUGAUGAAUUAUAUGCCAAGCCUCAGGAAUGGGACGAGGGAGUUGCCAGCAUGCGCGACUCACGGCCCCGAUCUGCCUUCAUUACGGAUAGCAGAGGCUCCUCCCCGAAGUCUCUCUCCAAGUCCCUCAACAAUGAUUAUAUGAUUGUACCUUCUCAGAAAAGCAGUUCUGAUGAAAACAGACGGUCUCGCCACUCUCGUCCACCAAGCCCUCAUUCAGCUAGAAUCUCCGGUACUCAUGACUCACUCAACACUUCAUGGAGCGAUUCUCAUGGAUCACAAGAAUCUCUUCCCCCCUCCCACCAAGAGGACAAAAGAACUUGUGUCUUCAUCCAUGACUGUAAAAGACUACACCAGAUGCAGGUGUUGCAGUAA